AUGUGGUGCGCUCAAACGGUGCCACGCAGUCCCCCUCUCCCGCGGGCCUCGGCUUCAAUGGUCGGGAUGCUUCGUCGAUUCGGGUCGGUGCAGGACGCAUCCGCACUGCGCUCGCUGACUGUCGUCACCCAGGGCCGCCGCGCCCUCUCCACUGAGAAGCCCGUGGAUGGGGAAACACAAUGGGUACGUGCGAUGGGCAGCAAGUACGGCCCUGGCAACUACCAGCUCUUCCGUGCGCUUUACAAGGACCUGUGUGACGAGAUACGGCGCGAGUACUACACAAAGCCCCCACCCCCGCCACUCGCAACAAGGACCACCAAUGCCUCAUCUUCGCUGGCUGCUGCUGAGGCGGCACCGGGUACCAGGGACUCUUCCUCUGGCGCUGCAAAGCAGAGUAGUGGAGCAGGCGGCGCUGGCGUAACAGCAUCGCCAACGCACGCAGAGGGGAUGUCGGAAGCCUCUGAGCGUGAAGGUGGUAUUGGUGAAGUGACACCCGCAGCCCAGCAAACUGCGGCGUCUCGUCUCCUUUGGCAACCGGAAGAGACAUACGGAGACGGCUCCUGGUCUGUGCAGCAUCGCCCUGAAGACAACGUCGUUGUGUUUCAUCGCGACGCCGUGAAGGAGGGCCGUCUUGCCGCCGUGCAUGCGUGGGCGCGCAUCGAGCUGAAGGACCCCCCACGGCUGAAUGCGGUACUCACCUUUGCCGACUGGAUUCCGCUCGAGGUGUGCGUUGAGCGAAACGGCGUCAUCCUUCACUUCUCCAUGGCGUCGAACGAGGGUGGUAUGCACAUGCGCAACGUGCGGGUGUACGCACCGAAGUCGGCGUUGGAGCGCGCGGCGUUCCUGGACCCGUCCGAUGACGGCGAGCACGCGCGGAAGAACUUCUACUAUGAUGGGCCGUGCUUGUGGCACCUAGAGCAGGAUAUGCUGAACGAGCUCUACGACGUCAUGCAAGAUCAUGGCGUCACCCUUGACUGGAUUCGAUGGGCCGCUUCGUGGGUUUUCUACCUGGAGUACGUCAACUACGUGCGGUGGAACUUGGGAAUGCUCGAGGAGCUCAUUCCCUCAUCCGUGCGCGGUCCUGAGGAGGACUUCUUGUUGCCUGUGGAGAAGGCGCUGCUGGAGGAGCCCGUUGAGGACUGGCUUAGCGCCCACAGCAUCUAG